CUUACUCUCUGAUAUCAAUAAAAAUAUAUUUUAAAAAAUACUAGGUAUUAAAAAAAACAAGACAGCAGCUUUUCUGUAGAUCAGCAUUGAGGGAGGGUGAUUCAAGGGGAGAAGACCUUCCCAAAAAGACGUAACUCCCACCUACCUUGGUGGACUUGUCCAUAUCUCCCUCUGGCUCGGUUUUUAGUGCUGUCUUCCUUGUUUCCCUAUUUCCCUUUUCCACCCUGCAUUUUUUGGUCUAUCUUGGCAUCCUUUAAAAAGCUGAAAGAAUCCAAGAUUUGAGCAUGGUUUCUUUAUAUGGCUGUGUGAUAUCUCAGACAAUUAUAUACCUUCCCUAAGCCUCAGUGUUCCCAUCUGUACAAUGAAGGGAUCGGAGCGCAUCUAAAGCUCAGGAUUUACUCCAGCAGUUGUGCUCUUCAAGGCCGUUCUUUGCACAGCUGCACGGUUCCCUCCACCCGCCUCUCACCCCGGUGCCACCUGGCAAACAUCAAGACCCAGCUCAAAUAUCUUCAGCCAAGUCUCUACUUCGACACACACGACACACAAUAUUUCAGUCUAUCCUUCCAUUAUGCUACCACCGCCUCGUAAGAGAUGAUGGGAUGAAAAGGACAAGGGAGACAGGCUUGGGUUUGAGUCGUGGCCAUUUACUUCACCGCUUGAGCCUCAACUGCUCACUUGUAACCUGGGAGAAAUACCUAAAUUCGCAGGUUUAACCAAUUCAUGGCGAUUAAAAACAAUAUAUAUAUCAAGUGCUUGGCGCCUAAGACGUGCUCAAUAAAUAGCGACUGCAUCACCCCUUUUAGGAGCGAGCCCUCAGUUCUGGGUCGGUCUCCGUGCGGUGAAGGUGCAAACGCGCAAAGCUGGAGGGCGCCGAGGGCCCGGGGCCAGGCAACCCAGGCCCUGAGGGACGCGACUCCAAUUCCCGGUGGGAAGGCCAAGCUGGGAGGACCCCGCCUCCCGGAAGUGACGCCACGCGGAAAUCAGCGACCGAGCAGGGGCGGGCCGGAGCGGGGCGCGCACAGCAUGGCGGAAGCGGAAGGAAUUUCGCCUCUCCUGUUGCCGCGGCAGCCACCCCCGCCCGGGAUGGCGGAAGUGGAGGCGCCGACGGCGGCCGAGACGGACCAGAAGCAGUCCAGCGGCUCUGGCGGCGGCGCCAUGGACGUGGAGCGGAGCCGCUUUCCCUACUGCGUGGUGUGGACGCCCAUCCCGGUGCUCACACACAUGCAGCACUUUGCAGCUUCAGAGUUUUGCUUUCUGCCUGUUGGCACCCUGUUCUUUCACAGGUAAAGUUAAAAGUCACCUCAUCUGUGAAGUCUUUACUGACUCUGCCCCAGCCCCACAUAAUCACUUCCUUGAGCUGCAACUCCCCAGGUUUUGCCCCACCUCCCUAGCAGGGUGCAGCCUUGACACCAGCACCUGGCCAGUGGCUCUGCCAGCCCUUAAAAAAUGGAUCAGUCUCUCCAGCCCGUAGAGCGAUGCUUUUCAGACUGCAGACUAAUCUGGGAUUCCUAGGUGGUUUGCAUAUUGGGGUCCCUGUGAGAUUUGGGUUUUUUAAAUGCCCAUGACUUUUAAGAAUUUGAAUUUUCAGUUCCUGGAAUUCACCAUGCUGUCGUCCUAAUCUCUACCCUUGCACAUACUGUUUCUUCAUCAUUUCCUCAGAGAAGCCUUCCCUGAACCACACACACACACACACACACACACACACACACACAGAUUGGUUUAAAUGCCUCCUCCACCUUUAAAAAAAAUAACUUUUCAUUGAGCUAUAACAUAUACCAUAAAAUGUUUAAAUCUUAAGUAUAUGUGGGACUCAGUGAGCUUUUACAUACAUAUACUUAUGUCACCCAGGUCAAGGUAGAGAACAUUUGCAGUACCCAAAGGGCUUCCUUAUGCCGGUCAGUUUUACCACAGAGAUCACCCCUCUUUUGCCUUCCAGCACUAUAGAUUACUUCUGCCUUUUCUUGCACUUCAUAUAAACAGAAUAGUAUGUAUGUUUCUUUUCUCACUCUGCCUUUUAUCUGUGAGAAUUUGUUGUGUGUAGCAGAAAUUUAUUGUUUUCCAUUGUUACCUACUAUUUCGUUAAAUGGCUGUACCCCAGGUUACUUACUCAUUGAGAUACUAGAGGCCCAGUGCACUUGUAGGGUCCCUAGGCCUGGCUACAGAUCAGGGUCAAUUGGGGCCUUCUGGCUGCCAGCUGGGGCCUUCCUUCGUUCCGCGCCACCCCCUGGUGGUCAGCGCACAUUAUAGUGAGUGGUAGAACUCCCGAGGGGGCAAUUUGCAUGUUAGGCUUUUAUUAUAUAGGAUAGCUGAUAACUAAUAAAGUGCAUAUAUUUUAAGUGUGAAGUUCAAUGAGUUUUGAAAAAUGUUGUUUCUGGCUAUUUUACUUAAAGGUGCUAUGAACUUUCUUGUUCAGGGCAUUUGUUUCCAUUGGGUGUAUACUCUGAAGUGGGAUUGUUGAGGCAUAGAGUAUAUUGCCAGUUUUUCGAAAGUGUUUAUACUCCCACCAGCAGUGCAUGAGCGUUCGGUUGCUCCUCAUCCUCACCCACUCAACGUUAUCAUCCUUUAGUUCUAGCCAUUCUGUGGGGUGUUCUCCCUUUACUAUUCACUGGCACUUGCCCCUCUUCUGUGCUUCCCCAGCCCCUCCAGCCACCCUUUGGCACCCAUCACACACAGCUGCAGUCGCAUGUUCUCACACUGGAUGGAGUGUCCCUGCCGUCUGUCUAACCGGCUGCAAGAUCCCCGAAGCUCAGCUCCUUCCCCGUCCUUUCUUC